GGAGAAUCAGUUUUCAUCAGUUUCCAUUGACUAUGAGAGCUACUGAAAAUAAAACACAAUGGUUCAAGAUAGGGGCGGUGAAACACCUGAGCUUCAUAGCGAAAGACGUCAUUUGCUACGCAGUGGGUUGUCAUGCGCACUUCAUCGAACUUCCUUCAGGAAAGGAGCUCUCUUUCACCGCGAAUUUCCAUUCUGGAAAUGGAGAUGGAAUAGCCACCAUGACGGGACAUCGCAGCAUCUACGUUUUCGCGUAUGCUGAGAACUGCAAGAGCCCAAUUUGCUACAUCAAAACGUAUCCUUCGUUUGAAGUCAUUGCCAAAAUAACAAAUGGACCCCAGGAAGGUUACCUUGGAAUGGCAUUUUCAGAGACCUCCUUGUUGAUUAUUCUUGGAGACAAACCGACGUUCUCCAUCUUUGUUUGGAACUGGAGAAGUCAGGAAAAAUUUGCAGAGAUCAAAAGUCAAAUAACGAUAGAAAAACAAAUUUUUAUGUGCAAUUGGGGGAAACCAAUCAACAUGGUCCAAUUGGGUGUGGACACCUAUAAAAUAUCUUACUGGGACAUAUUCACUUGCUGUAAACGAUCUUUUCUGGCAAAUCACGUUGUAAAUGUCCCAAGAUCUAGGAACUUUGCCCCUUUUACCGGUGUUCUGUGGACAACAGAAGGAGGACUGUUUAUCGUAGAUCGAAAAGGAUGCAUAUAUACUGUAGAUAAUGAAUUCCUAUUAGACCAAGUUGUUGAAGUAUCUUAUGAAGGAAAAUUCUCUCCAGCUAUAGCUUGGUAUAAGGGAGGGUUGGCUGUGAGUGGACCAGAUUAUAAUAUAAGACAUUACAAAAAAUCUGGAACGUGGACAUGCGAUUGGACGAUGCCUUUGGAAGAUGGUGUGAUAUUUCUCGCAUCCAAUAAGUCUGAAUUCUUGGUAGGAAUCAACGCUGAGGGUGACAUCAUGAAGAUAAGUAAUACUGACGGAAUUACCAUCUUGAAUCCUGAUGACAGCUACAUACAAGAUAUUUGCAUGGUGUACCCAGUUGGCGAAUAUAUAGUGGCGCUAAGAAAUAAGAGAAUCCUGAAUGUUUUUUGUGUUGAAACUGGAAAAUCGAUGACCAAGUUCAAUCUUCAAAGAGACGCUUUAUCAGUAACUGCAAAUCCUAAUUUUCCAUAUCUUGCGGUGGGAUACUCUGAUGGAAAUAUCGACCUAGUAUCAGUUUACAAUCAUGAAAAGCUGUCAGUGAUGACAUCCUUCCACUUGUGCUCUAAUCCCAUGCAAAGAUUGAGAUUUUUUGAAGAAGGAAGAAUUCUUGUGGCCACAUUUUUAUACGAAGGAGAUUUCUUCAUCAUUGAGGGCCUUCCUGGGACCCAAAUGAAAGUAAUUGCUCAUAUUUCUGCCAACUGCCAAGUUGUGGACUACUUCAUGGUGGCAUCACAAAAUUGUUACCGUCUGUUCCUGUUACCAGUAACCACCAAGUGUUUGGCUGGUAACAAAAUCAUUCGAUAUUGCAUCGUCGACAAAGAUACGGUGAACGUGAAGGAAUACCAUUUCGAAUCGAAGAGUGCCUUGUACUAUCGCCUGGUGCCGAUACGUGGACCGAAUAGGGAUCGGAUUUUUUAUGCUCUGCCAUAUACGUCCAGAAAUAUCCAUGUCAUGGAAACGAACAGAGGGGAGGACUUAGCUAGAGUGACGUCGACCAUUAAAACAGGACAUCAGCUUCGACACUUUGACAUGCGCAUAACCGAAGAUCAUGCUCUAACUUGGAGUCACGACGGUUUUGUGAUAGCUAGAUGCUUCAAUUUCGGAAGGGAAGUUGGAUGGGUCAUCACACACCACAGAUACGACGGUGGGGUCAAGAAGGCGUAUAUCGAUCCGCUGGGAAAGCUAAUCAUCAGUCUGGGUAGAGAUGGAAAUUUGGUGUGCACCAAUCUGGUGGCUAAUGAAGUCUACGAAGACUUGCGAGAUGAUCUUGUUAAUACUAUGAAAUCUACGAAAUAUGCACUAAUGUUCAAGCGACCUACUUUGGGCUUUUCGCCAGAAGGUAGAUUUAGUAAUAAAACUUGGGUCGAAGUAGACAGGAUAAUGAAAUUAGAAAAAGAGGAAGAACAAUGCAGAGCUGAAAAAGGAGAGAUUGUCAAAGAACUGAACGACAUCAAGAAAACUCUCACAGAACUAGUCACAAGUAAUUUAGAAGGACCUGAAAACGAGAAAAUCGACCUCGUGGAGUUUUAUCUCGAUUCUUCUGCUUACCAUCAAAAGAAAAUAGCCAAUAGAGAAAAGUGCAAAAGGACUGAAGUCUACCUCAAGGCUUUGAUGGAGGCACAGGAUAGGGUCAGCCAACAUAUAAUAAAGACUUACUUGGAACCCAUGGGCGUGCCAGGACGGAUUAUAAGGGGCAUUUUCCAGAACUCUAUGGCCACGAACUAUACGCUGUUGCCUCCCAACCAGGCGGAACUCAUGAGGCUAGCUUGGGUAGAAGAGCAAAGAAAACUGGAGCAGUUUUUGUCAAUGAAUGACACUUUCGAACCUUGGGUCUACAUAUCGAAUGAGGAUCUGCGGACACAGUUGAAACAACAAGUAGUCAUUACUAAUAAGGACUACAGCACGAUGGCGGCUACAUCGUUCCUGGAAGAGUACAUUCUGAGCUCGCUCUCGAUAGAUUCACAGAUCGCGGUAGUCGGGACAGUCUCCCAGCUUUAUAUCGAGAGGAGUACUGGUCAUUACAAACAGCGACAAUUGGUAUCUUUUCAUCAGUGCGAUCUUCAACAAGCUAUAGCUGAGCAAGAGGUUAUCAAGUUGAAACAGCGAUUCAAUCUGGAAUUCGAUAAGCUGGUAGAGUUGAAAUACCGUGAAACCGACAACAUCAGAGAAAAACACCAACGGCUUCGUCACAUUAUAUCAGAGUACAACUAUUUUUCAGAGAACAAAAUCUUCUUGGAUAUAAUAGACCCCGAAUGGUCUCAAGAAGAAGAACCAUGGCUGAUAACGAAAGUUUUGGACAACGAACUGACAAUUACUCCUUACGUUAGUCCCAGCGAGCAGGCCAUCUUGGACGCUAAAGCUGCGGAAGAUGAAAGGAUCAGGUUGGCUCUGUUAGCAGACGAUUUCAGAGAAAGGGCUCUGAUGACCAUGAUGAACGGAGUGUUGGAGAUCAGGUGGGAGGACGAGCUGAAGAAGGAUGUACCUAUGCCGAAAUGUAUGAUAGAGAAAGAUCCUGCUGAAUUCAAUGAAGAAGACUUACGAGCAGUGAAAGAUUAUGAAGAAAAAGUCGCAUUUCUCAACAGCGAGAGAGAAAGGUAUAAGAACAUGUUAGACGUAGAUUUUACGAGACAAUCACUGUUGCUCAGAGACGCUAUCAGAAAAUUCAACCAGAAAGUCAGAGACACGGUGGAAUAUAAAAUGUACAUCGAUUCUGGAAUGAACCAAGAAAACCUUCGAAUAAAUAGAGCGAGAAAUUUGCAAAAUGAAAGGAUCAAGAUAUACGUCAAAGAAGAUAAUAUGAAUCGUUCACUGAAAGUCAAUCGUGACAUGAUUGAACAAUUGCAAACCGUCCUGGUGUCAAUGAACGCUGCCCUGAACGAAUGCCGGUCAAAUUUGGAAACUUUGGUGGCUAAGGAGAAGCUCCUGGAUAAGGCGUUCAAGAGAGACUUCCAAGAAGCUUCACCUGUCGUUCAGGAACAAGCUCUCAAAUUAUACAAGAAAAGACCAAGAGCAAACUAUCGUCAAAUCAACACUUUCGCGGUUAUGUAUGAGCUUUCCAAAUGUAUUGUGAGUCAAGAACGAUCGCUCAUACUCAACAACGAUGCUUACGAUUACCUGAAAUCAUUAGAUCAACUAGACCAGUUCGUUGGCUUACCUCCUACUAUAGACGAGAACACUUACGGUCUAAUAUGCAAGCAUAGAAGAUUGAGAUUGGAAUAUGAAAUCAAGUUGAGAGCUAUUCAAAUGCAAAUAAGUGAUGGGGAAAGUACCAUAGCAACUUUUCACAGAAGGAUCGCUGUGAAGAAGGAGAAAAAUGCUCAACUUGAUAUAGACAGGCAGAAAUCGAGGGCAGAUUAUUUGCAUCUCAUGCACUGUUUACAAAUACAAGUCGUUUUGCCCAGGGGAUUGGUCGAAAUUCCGUUGACGGGAGAUGUCCAUGACUUCGAUGAUGCCAUGUUGGUUCCGAAAAGAGAAAUUGAGCUGAUAAACAGAACGAUCAAGCAAGCAGGAGAGCAGAAACUGCGUACCAUCAUGCAAAAUAUGUCAUUCAGAAGAAAUAUCAUGGCAACAGAAUGGGAACAUAAGAGACUCAGAAUGGAAAUAAAUGAUCUAACAGAACAAAUUGCUGAUAUAGAAGGUAUAAAGUUCACGAGGGAAAUGCAAACGUAUCUCAAAUCGAAAUCUCUUGGCCGAAAAACAGAUCAUGACUCUUUCGAACAAGAAAUCGACAUCAUCACCAUGACCUACCAUAAUUCUCUAGAAGAGAGGAAAGAGAAGUACAGAAAAAUCGUCCAUCAGAUAAACACCUACAAGGAACAUAAUGCCACUUUGGACAAGGCAAUCCAAGAGAUAAAUAUUGAUGUCUGUCAGUUGAGCUUACAGAAGGAUCUCGAAAUUGAGUGUAAACAAAAUGAAGUUCUGAGACUGAGAAUGGAUGAUCUAUUCAAGAGGAAUUCUUUGGUACAUACUAUCCAGCAGAAUCAUAAUGAAAUGCUUGUUCUUCAGACUGAACUAGAGCUGCUGAGAUUGAGGACUUAUCCUACGUUCAAGUAUAAAUUGAUCAACCCCGAUGAAUAGUUCACUUGUUAAGUUACAUAAUAAAUUGAUUCACCACUUGUAUCAGGAAACUAAUUAUUAGGAAGAAUAAGGGAAUGAGAAUCUAGUAUUAAUCGGCUUUUUCUUCAUGAAAAUAGAUUAAAAUUUAAGUCGAUCUCGA